AUGGGUCUUCUCUUGAAGGAUAAACUUGAACUUUCGACCCCGCUGGGAUCGCAUGAAAUUCAACUUUUAAUUGGGGACAUUACCAAAUUGCCACAGGAGGAAAAAGUGGACAUGAUAUUUAUUUCAGCUUUCUAUGGGGACUACCAGCCAGCAAAAUCAACCCUCAUAGGCAGUCUGAAGUGGAACCUGGGCAUUAAUGUCAAAGAUCUGGCCAGAAAUAAAUGGCUGGAUUUGCGGAAAAAUUUCUCUUGCUGGGUUUCUGCAGCCCUGCCUGACUCGGUUCCGUUCCGACAUAUAGUCUGUCUGGAAAACAAUAAGAAAAUGGACUCACUGGCUGAGCAGCUGUCCCAGAUGUUUCUAGCCAUGAUGCCGAUCUUCAACAACACAGAGAGUAGUGUCAUCACUCCCCUGCUGGCCACAGGAAACCAGGGACACAGUGGCGAACUAGUUCUCAAAGCCAUGGUGAACGGAGCCUGUCAUUGGAUACAAGCAGGGUUGCCUCUACACUGCUUGAAGAUUGUGAUAUUCUCAGGAAAUCCCAGUGUGCUGAGUGAGAUGGACAAAACAUACCUGAAGUUAUUUGCUCAGCUAAAGACCAAGUGGAGUUAUAAAGCAAAGAAAGCUAUCAGUCGGCCGUAUGACAUCUGCCUGUCAUUCUCACCUGCAGACAAAGAACUCGCUAAAAAGGUGACGUCCACUUUGCAAAGACAAGCUCCAGAUGCCAGGAUUCACUCAACACCUUUUGACUUCAACCAUGACCUGGUGUGGCAGACUGACAUUUUCAGUGUUAUGAAAGAGUCUAGAAGGAUCAUCAUUCUGUUGACCCCAGCAUAUCUAGAAGACAUUGAGUGUGUAGAGCAGUUUAACAUAGCUCUCUGCUGCAACAGGCUAAAGAAGGCAGAAGUGGUCAUACCUUUCCACAUGAAGACAGUGACAUCCUUCCCCAGUUACAUGAGUAUUGUACAGUAUGUGGAGUGCAGCCUCUCUGAAGAUGAAAAAUCAGCUACAGCACUGAUUGAAUCGGCAUGUUCUGAUGUCAUCAAGUCACUGAAGGUACCAACUGCCAUGCCUGAUGACGACACUGACCAGGAGAUUCUGGAAACUCUAGCACUGAGUCGUAACACAACAUACGAUAUUUUUUUAUCCUACUCCCAUCGCCACGGAAAGGAACCUAGAGAGCUGGAACAUAUUCUUAGGACAAAUUACCCUCAUUUAAAUAUUUUCUUUGACGUGAAGGAGCUGAAAGCAGGCAACAUCUGGCAGCAGGCUUUGUACGAAGCUGUGAGCAAGACUCACUGUUUUGUGGCCUUCCUCGCCCCAGGCUACCUGGAGUCUGCAGUUUGCAAUGAGGAGUUUAACUUAGCCCUGGCUAGACAGUAUGCUCACGAUUCUAUUCUUCUAGUUCCUGUUAUCACUGACAGCUUGCAGUCAGUACCUCGCCGGCUGACCUCUGUGCCAUAUGCUGACCUGGGCAGUGGACCAGAAAAUAUUGCCAAAUUUGCUGCCAGGAUUGCAGAGCUGGUAAUAGAGAGAAAAGACCGGGUAGCUAUCCCCAACGUGACCACAUUUAAACAAACGUUGGCUCACAAACGAGGGGUUAAGUUUAUCAAUGAGUUUUAUCUGGCUGGUAACAGUGUGGUGAAGAAAGCUCCUCAACGGUUCCUCGACACUGUCAAAG